AUGUGUGGUCCAAGGGGUGAGUUGACAGUAGGGCCCAGCCCUGUGCCUACCCUCACAUAUGAGACUCUCCGGGCGCAAUACGCCAUCUUGAGGACUAUUGGCCAGGGGGGCUGUGCCCAGGUGAAGCUGGCCCAGCACCGCCUCACGGGCGCUGAGGUAGCGAUAAAAGUCCUGCGGAAGGGGCGAAAACAGGCCUUCCCAGCUAGGUCCGAAGUGGAGAUAAUGAAGAGGAUGAACCAUCCCAACAUCGUCUCAUUGCUCCAAGUCAUUGAAACCAAAGAGAGUAUCUUUCUGAUCCUGGAACUGGCUGACGGACGCGAGCUGUUGGACUGGAUCCAACAAGUUGGCUGCCUGCAGGAGGGCGUGGCUCGGAAAAUAUUCAAGCAGAUCGUACAUGCCAUGUGCUAUUGCCAUGACCUAGGCAUCGUUCAUAGAGACCUCAAACCAGAUAACAUCAUGGUGGAUGCCACAGGCAAAGUCAAAAUCAUAGAUUUCGGCUUGGGUACCUUAGUCAGGCCGGGCAAGAAGCUUUCUGGGUUCUGUGGUGCCUUACGAUUUGGUGCCCCCGAAUGCUUCCUGCACCAACCCUAUGAUGGCACCAAAGUGGACACAUGGAACAUGGGUGUUCUUCUAUACUUUAUGGUGACUGGGACCCUGCCAUUUGAAGGUACCACCUUUCAAGAGCUAGGGAGCCAAGUUUUGCUAGGACGGUAUGAUGUUCCCUCAUACCUCUCACAAGAACUGCAGGACAUUAUCCGAUGCUUAUUAACUGUAAAUCCUACAGAGAGACCAACACUAAAGGACAUUAUGGAGCACCCUUGGCUUAGGCAAGGAGAUGAGGGCUCACCAAACCAUUGGGAUGAUAUGGACCCUAGGAGCCUGGACCCUGCAAUCAUGGCAGCCAUGGUAGAUAUGGGAUUUGACACAAGUGACAUCUGGAAAUCUUUACUUUAUAGAUUGUUCAAUGAACCCAUGGCAACUUACAGCCUAUUGAAACGCCAGGCACGCCAGCAGGAUGACUUCAUCAGCCAAGCCGAGUCAGUGCAACCAGGAUUAACACCUUUCCCCACUCCCACAGAUCCGGCUGACUUCCCUGGGUACCAAAAGAGGGCAGCUGAUAAGCCAGCCUUUCAAGUCCUUGCAUCCUCGAAAAGUGACUCUCUAGAGGACAGUUAUCAGGUAGGGAAGAGGCUGAAAAGAAGCGCUAUCCUGCCUGUAUUUCCCCACCAUUGCCUAGAGAAGAGGACACCCAUACUUGAUGUUGUCAAGGUCCCCACAGAGACACAGCACAGUGGGACUGCAGACACAAUCCAAGGUGUGUGCAGGGUCUGGAAGAGGUGGACGAAGAGGAUUAGGGCCAAUUUACUACAGCUCUGCUGCUGCCUGCCACCCAAGAGGAAAAGAGUGGUGCCCCAACGGGAGGGAUUGCAGGAAGAGACAGAAGCUUUACUGCUUAAAGGCCCCACACUCUUUGCCAUCAUCAUGCUGAGGACCACACUCUUUGCCAUCAUCAUGCUGAGGACCACAUCCUUUCCCAUCAUCAUGCUGAGGACCACACCCUUUCCCAUCAUCAUGCUGAGGACCACACCCUUUCCCAUCAUCAUGCCGAGGACCAAGCUCUGA